AUGACGACCUGCCUACCCGCCCUGGGAUUUGCUGACUCCAGCUGGUUCGUCUUCCUGGCGGCGGAGCUCUCGGCUCGGGAUGCGGACCCCACCGUCGUCUUCGCUGGAGCCAAGAGGGGCCCCGUUGCCGCAAGCUGCCCCAGGAGAAAAGACCUCUCCCUCCACCAGCAGCUACCCGACAGCGGCCGGAGGAGACGAGGCGGCGCCGCCGGCGGAGAAUCUUUAUCUACAGUGCUCCGCCGCUGUCGGACUCCUUCCCCCGGUGGGCGACAGACGACUUCGUAG